GCUCAGUUGGAAUAUAAACACAGUCGCGAAAGGUUGGACAUGGACACAAUUGUCAAACGGUUCGAAGCAAAGCAAAAGUGAGCGGUUUCAUAGUUUGUUUUUUUUUUUUAAUUUAAAAAAAAGUCUUGAAAUUAAAAAAAGAAAUAGUGCUGAAGUGAUAAUUUGUUUAAAAAAAUAAAAAACCAAACUUGAACAAUUGUCAAUGAAUGAAAAGUUAAUUGUGGGAAAACAAUUAAUAACAAAUUUAAUGCUCGGUUGCCUGGCUUUUUUGAAAAAAGAAGAAAAAUCAACGUCAGCUAUUUUCCGUUUUCUUUAAAGAAAAAAAAGACACGACUGACAGACAGACAGUGUGUGGUUUCGUUGUGAUAAGAACCAAACCAGCCGGUCACCAAACAGCCAAUAAAUAGGCAACCAACAAAAACAAUACAAAUUGUUUUUCUUUUUCUUGUUUUGUGGCUAACCAAACAAAAAAUAAUAAUUUUAUUCUGCACCGACUUCUACAUAACCAAAAAAAGGAAUUCCACAUCCAGCUUUGCCAAAUUCGGUUGAUUUUAACGAAUUCCUACACCGAAACAAAUCACAUGGAUAUUUACAAUACAAAAUCGGAAUUGAACACUAGAAACUGUAAAUAAUAAAGGAAAUACAAGAGAAAUAAUAAUAUAUUCUGCUAUUAUCAAGUGAUCUAAGGAACGUGAAACAGACGUCGAAGGAAGGAACCUACUUAAAUUCGAAAGCCUCGUAUUCUGGACAUUAUGAUAUUGAGAAGUGUUUUCCUGUUUGCAAUUUGUAUGCGUUUCGUUUAUGGUGGAAAUGUUAAGCGACCCGAAUUAACGAUUUCCGAAUGUGCUGCCAAGCUGGGCGAAUGUGAUGAAAGCAAAGGAAGGCCAGUAUGUGGUACCGAUGAUCAAACAUAUCCCACAAGAUGUCAUCUGCUAAGGGUACAGUGCAGUGGUCAUCAAGUCAGUCUGAAAUAUCGUGGACCCUGUAAAGCCUGCGCCGAGGCACGUGAAUAUGCCCUCCGACAUCGCAAUAAAUAUCCACCAAAAUUUAUACCACGCUGUAAAUCGGAUGGCACCUAUGCUCCCAUACAAUGUCUCAUGGAUAAGGGUUGUUGGUGUAGCGAUUCCAUGGGCACGCCAAUCAAUGAUACCACAGUGAGGACGGGCAAGCCGAAGUGUCGGGAAUUUAGCAAAGCAAAUGUAAGGCGUUCACCGUCCAGAAAUAAUGGUGGCAACCGCAAACGUCCAUGUACCCAAGAAGAUCGUGCCACGUUUAACAGUCAUUUGAUUCGGGUAUUUCAAAGUGAAUAUAUUCGAAGUAAGAGUACACAGUAUCAGCGUGAGAUGGCUAGCGGCAGUCGUAGUAAAGCAUCAUCUUUGGAUACUUUCAAUCCACCAAGCGAGACGGAGGUGAUGGAUUGGAAAUUUUCCAAUUUGGAUGUGAAUCGUAAUCAAAUGUUGGACAAAAAUGAAUAUCGUGAAUUGAAGAAGUUGGUGAAGAGGGCUGUCAAACCGAAACGUUGUGGACGAGCAUUUGGCAAAUUCUGUGAUGUUGACAGUGAUGAACGUCUGUCGCGAUUAGAAUGGAAUAGUUGUCUCUCCAAGGAUGGCUCCAAUCGUCAUUUACUAAUUAUGGGUCAAAAACAUAACAACACCACAACCACCAAGAAUAACACUAAGCAUCGCAAAAACAAUAUUAUACACUCGAACACGGCCAAUACGAACAACAACAACAGCAAUCAGCAACAACACCACCACCAACAACAACAGCAAUUCACGAGCACGUCCAGCCAACAACAACAACCACACCAUCAUCUUAACAACAACAUACCGCAUCACCAUAACAAUAAUAAUAACCAUCAAAAUCGUUUACGUCCAGAUUCGUAUGAGGACAAUGAAAGCAAUGCUGCUGCUGAUAAUGAUGAAGAUAGCAGUAGCCAACAUUUGGACUACGAAGAUGGCGAUGAUUACGAAGAGACCGAUGAUGAUGGUUCAUCGACCAAAUUUCCAUCCAUAUAUAUUUUAAAACCCCCUACCGAGAUUUCGACGAAGGAAUCUGAUAUCGAAUCAGAUUGCCUAGCUGAUCAGGCAGCGGCUUUGGAAGAGAAAAAGCUUGGUAAUACGUUCUAUUAUGUACCGGAUUGCACCAUCGAUGGUCGCUAUCAACGCAUCCAGUGCUACAAUUCCACCCCAUACUGUUGGUGUGUCAAUGAGGAUACGGGUAAAACCAUACCAGGAACCUGGGUAAAACAUCGCCGACCCCAGUGCGAUUCACUUUAUACCGUCACCAGAGCCAUGAAAGGCUGUCCAGAGGAACGAAAAGUGGUGUUUCUCAAAGAUCUCAAAGAAUUUUUAAAAACCAAAAUCAUAACCGGUUCUUAUGCAGGUGUAAAUACGACCAACUUUAGUUCGGAAGAUGAACGCAUAGCCACAUUAAGUUUCGUUAUAUUGGAUAAGAAUAAAAACUCUGCUUGGGAAAAGAAAGAAUGGAAAACUUUCCGGGAAUUGGUUAAUAAUGUAAAUAAUCUGCGUAAAUGUGGCCGAAAAAUGCCACGAUAUUGUGAUGUAAACGGUGAUAAGAAGAUAACACUUAACGAGUGGAUUGGAUGUCUGCAAGCAACAAGACUAGAUAUCACGGCAACAAAUGUGGGUGCUCAGAAUGAUGCCAAGCAACAAAACACCUCAACAAGUGACACAAAUUCAUCAUCAUCAUCAAAAACACCUAAAUUAAGUGGAUCGAAUCCAUUGGAACAGUAUCUCAAAGAUUAACUGUUUUAUUCAGAUGCUCUCACCGUCAACAACCUAUUUUAAGUUAAAACUAUAAAAACAAACAACCAACUUUUCUCAUUAUUGUUUUUAAGCAGGAAUAGAGAUACAACUCUACUCUAAGGCGAAACCAUUCCAUAAUGUUUCUCAUUUAAAUGUUAGCGAGAAUGGAUAAUUAUAUAUUUUUGUGAUUGUGUGUGUAUAUUAUUUUUUAGAAUUUUCAUUUUCGACAGAAUAAAAAGAAUUAUAAGAGUUGUAGGUUUUUUUUUUUUUAAGUGCCAUGCUGUUUGUAAAUUCCUUAAGAAUAUAAAAAUACGUUUAUAUUUCGAAGAUUCUUAACUCGUAUAAUGAUUUAAUCGACGUUAGGUUGAAAACUUGAAAAAAAGCGACAUUGCUUUGUUGUUUUUGUUGGUUUCUUGUAAAUAGAUAGAUGUCUGAGUUUAGAUGCUAAGAACAAUUUUUUUAAUUUAUAUAUUAUUAUUAUUAUUUGUAUUGAUUUUUUUGUUUAGUUACAAGAUGUAAGAUGAUUUUAUAUAUGUAUUUUAUAGUUGUUUAAAAUUAUAAUAAAGAAACAUUUAUUAUAGAACAUAAAUAAGUGAGGAAA